AUGGCGCUGCGAGGCAAGUCGGCCACUGGCGCAGUGUUGCUAAGCGGUCAUGUUUGGCCAUUAUCGAACCCAAAUCGGGUCAAGCAGUGGUUGGCAGCUGUGAGACGAAAUGAGAAGUGGCGGCCUACGAGGCACAGUGUCGUUUGUAAGCGACACUUUGAUGAAGAUGACUACGAGAAAAAGACAACUUAUGGUACGAAGCCCCUGAUAACAAUGCUGAGACCUACGGCUGUGCCGCAUAUCUUCGCGUGGAGCAAGGAAACAACGCCUGCCCAAUCUGCACGGCGUGAGAGAGUUAAGAAGAAGUUGGAUAUGGAAGAGAAGCAGAACCAGCAAAGAGAUGCGGCCUUUUCUGACGUUGGGGCACAAAUGGAAAUAUCUACAGAGAGAAACAUUCCUGAUGUACCAUACCGAGAGGAUUGCACACAGACAGACGCCAUUGAAACCAAGACAACAGGCACCCAAAGUGAGCCACCUUCAAGAUUCACUGCAAAAUGGUUCAUGAAUGACCGAGAGGGCCUGCAUUUCUACACCGGUCUUGGAAACUACAACACAUUCAUGUUUGUUCUGAGUCUGCUAGGAGCUGCUGCAUAUGAGCUUCGCUAUUAUGGUGACGUCAUUCACUCACUUUCAAUAGAGGACCAGUUUCUUCUCACACUUAUGAAACUGCGUAGAAAUCAGACACACUUUGAGUUGAGCCGUGAUGGACUGCCUAGAGGUUACAGAUGUGAACGUGUUGCAACAGCUAACAGAAAAGGGGCAUCGAAGUAUGUCGUAUCCAAAGGACAAUUAGAGCUCUUGAUUGCUUGUAGAUUCAGCAUGAAGAAGAUGGGCGAAAUGUUGAAUGUGUCAACAAAGACCGUCAAGAGGAGAAUGAUGAAGGUAUAA